UGAGGAUAGUUGUAACCGGAUGUGGACAAUCCUUUGUUUGUGUAAAAUACCGUCUUUAGAGAAGCUGACGCAUCUAACCACAGCGACAUGAACCUCAAUAUCGUCACCAUUCGAAGCAUCUGUCGUGACACACGAUACAUAUAUUACUCUUCCACCAUUUCCAAUCAUGACUUCUGAAGAUCCAUAUCGUGAGCGUCGGCUUAAUCUUGAGGAACGAGCAAUGCCUCUCACAGGAGGAAAGCCAGGUCACACAUGGGUUCCCGCCAGGAAGCUUGGUGAGGGUACUUUUGGCAGGGCAUAUCUCUGGAGUCUCGUCAACGAUCUCGAUCGCAAAGUAGUCGACAGCGUCGUCCUCAAGUACACCGAAGUGCGAUCGGAACAAAUCAUCACCCACUCAGGACCUGGCGAAGGACACAUCCGCGAAAUCUUCAUGCAAAGAGUAUUGACCGAGAUGGUAGAUGAUCCGAAACAGAUAUACACCGUACCUCUACUUGCUGCUGAGCAUUGCUCUUGGUCAAUUGAUGCCUGGAGAUUGUACACGCCUUACUACGCUUUUGGUGACCUCUACGAUUUCAUCGAAAAGCAAGGCAAAGAAGACUACAUGACUAUGAAGACAGGUCAUCGACAGAUGCCCGAGCCAUUUAUCUGGUACCUAUUACACAGACUUGCUUGUGCCGCUGUGAUCAUGGACAUAACGCUUCGCACGAAACAAGCCGAUGGUACUUACACAGAUCAUCAAAUGGUGCAUGUUGACUUGAAACCUGAGAACAUAUUCUUGGGACCGCCUGGGACCUUGGGGAAGCACACGGCCUUCGCAGCCUACCCUGUGGCUUAUGUAGGAGAUUUUGGUAACGCAAUCAUCACAUAUGAAGGUGCUCUGCAUGACCAUCUUGCAUGGGGCAAUUGUACAAGGGGCUGGUCUCCUCCAGAACUCACGCCAUACGACGAUGGGCCACAGACAUGGCAAGCUGCUCCUACAUCACGCUCGAAUGUCUGGCAAAUUGGCUAUAUCAUCAUGUCAGCUCUCCAAGGCAUGGUCCAACACGAAGAGGAUCCCGAUUGGCCACAAGUGGGAGCGGCAUGGGCGCCUCGCUACGCACCGCUACCAAGACGCACACCAGCGCGCGAAGCAAUCAACAAGCUGCGGAGAGAAUACAGCAGUGAUUUGCUGGACGUCCUAAAUGCUUGCGUAAACUUCAGAGUGCAAGACAGACCUACGCCAGUGCAAUUGGUGGAUGCUAUCGAAAGAUGUAUGGUCGACCACACCGAAGGAAUGGAGGAUUGGGGAACUGAACGCUGGUUCAACAAACUGGCGGCGCAAAACCCUGGCCCGGGGGAUACAUUGCAGGACCAUGAGACCGAGGAUGUUCCCAGUACCGCGAUGACAAGUCUAAUCAGUGGUGUGAAGAAUCUCUUCGGUAACAAUCGCUAUGUUGGUCUUGUUAGUGAUCCCCCUCAACGUUACAAGAAAAGACAAGUCUCUCCAUUCCACGGCAACAGAAGACGUGAGGCACGUCACAAACGCGGUAAGGAUUACGUCCAACAGCAAAUCAAAGCCGGCUACAGACCCAAUAGAAAUCGUCCGCUUCCGAAAGACCCAGCUGACGAAGUCUUCACUCUCCAUGACGAUCUCAAACUAAUCAAUCCUGGACCCGAGAGCACUAUCGGCGAAUGGCUUUAUGAACAAGAGCCCAGAGUUGCGAGAUCAAGAGUGGACAUUGACGAUCUCAGGAGGUAUCGCAGAGGUCUGAAAAAGUGGGAGGAAGAGGGUGAUGGCUACCCACCGGUUGGUCGUAAGUCAUACAACUUCAGAUUCGAUGGAGAACCGGUUGGAGAGACUCUGGCGGAUGUCACUAUGCGUCGAUCGUGAACAUCUUGGAAUUCUC